CUAUAAAUAGCAGGGUGAUGAGUAAAUGAUUUCACCAGAACUUUAAAGCCUUCUCUGAAGUGUACAAUACCUAAACAUUAUAUAAAGAAAAUGUCUAGCUGUGGAUCAAAUUGUAGCUGUGGUUCUGACUGCAAAUGCGGCAGCAAUGGGGGAUGCAGCAUGCACCUUGACAUAGAGAAUUCUGUAGCUGCUACAAUCAUUGCUGGAGUUGCACCUAUGAAGACCAGCUUUGAUGGAGCUGAGAAGAGCUUUGGAGCAGAAGGAGGAAAUGCCUGCAAAUGUGGAUCAAGCUGCACUUGUGAUCCAUGCAGCUGUUGAUUUCCAUCAAUCAUGAUGAACUGUACCAACAUAUAUAUAUAUAUAUAUAUAUAUAUAUAUAUAUAUAUAUAUAUAUAUAUAUAUAGCAGCUUGUGGCUUUAAUUCUGUAUUAAAAUUGAAAAAUAAGACAACCACCAGAACAUCUCAGAAAAUCUAGAACUUCUGAUGUCUCAGGCAACUUGUGUACUUGUGCUGUUCCACACUCUGCUAUAUGUUGGUAUAAGGAAUUAUUACUUUGGAUUCUCUAA